GUUAUCUUCGUGCCUGCGUCGUGAUUGGCUAAAGCGAAAGAAGCAGCCGCUCGGACGUCGGUGAUUGGCCUACCUCUCCUGUUAUUCUCCUCGACGUGUUUGCGUCAUCCGUUCAGAACGUCUGAUGAGCCCCGACGAGCUCAGGAAGCAGCGGUCCUUAUUUCAUGUUUUGUGGCCACUGAAACGGGGAGGACGGGGAGACAGGUCAACACGGCGGAAGAUUUUCCAGCUACUCCCGGGUUGGGUUGCUGUCAGCGACAGAAGAGCUUUGUUGUGAUGUUUACUGGUCAGCCACACAGGUCUGUCUGACGGAAGGCAAAUAUUAACUGGUUCGUCCAGCCUGAAACUGCCUAAAUAUUAGGCUCAAACGGGAUUAUUUGACAUUUUCCCCCUAUAUUGUUGUGCGCUGGCGGCACGCCAAUAAUUGACUCUGGAGCAGGACACGGAGGACAGUAUGGCCAUGACGGGAGGGACAGCAGCCGCCCUUCCCAUGAGCAACCACACCCGGGAGAGGGUGACCGUGGCCAAGCUGACACUGGAAAACUUCUACAGCACCCUGCUCACGCAGCACGAGGAGCGCGAGAUGAGGCAGAAGAAGCUAGAGAAGGCCAUGGAGGAUGAGGGUUUGCCAGAUGAGGAGAAAGUGAUGCGGCGCUCGCAGCACGCCCGCAAGGAGACGGAGUUCCUGCGUCUGAAGAGGACGCGGCUUGGCUUGGACGACUUCGAGUCUCUAAAAGUUAUUGGAAGAGGCGCCUUUGGAGAGGUUCGCUUGGUGCAGAAAAAGGACACGGGGCACAUUUAUGCCAUGAAGAUCCUGAGAAAAGCAGACAUGCUGGAGAAAGAACAGGUGGCUCAUAUCCGCGCAGAGAGGGACAUUCUGGUGGAGGCGGACAGCGCCUGGGUGGUCAAGAUGUUCUACAGCUUCCAGGACAAGAGGAACCUCUACCUCAUCAUGGAGUUCCUGCCUGGAGGUGACAUGAUGACGCUGCUGAUGAAGAAGGACACCCUGUCUGAAGAGGCCACCCAGUUCUACAUCGCAGAGACGGUUCUGGCUAUUGACUCCAUCCACCAGCUGGGCUUCAUCCACAGAGACAUCAAGCCAGACAACCUGCUGCUGGACUCCAGGGGACACGUGAAGUUGUCUGAUUUCGGCCUGUGUACCGGGCUGAAGAAGGCUCAUCGCACCGAAUUUUACAGGAACCUGACUCACAACCCACCUAGUGAUUUCUCUUUCCAGAACAUGAACUCCAAGAGGAAAGCAGAAACCUGGAAAAAGAACAGGAGACAGCUGGCCUAUUCCACUGUGGGAACCCCGGACUAUAUCGCUCCUGAGGUUUUCAUGCAGACGGGGUACAACAAGCUCUGUGACUGGUGGUCUCUGGGUGUCAUCAUGUACGAAAUGCUCAUCGGUUACCCGCCUUUCUGUUCGGAGACGCCUCAGGAGACCUACAGGAAGGUCAUGAACUGGAAGGAAACCCUCGUCUUCCCACCUGAAGUCCCCAUCUCAGAGAAGGCCAAAGACCUCAUCCUAAGGUAUUGCACCGAUGCGGAGAACAGAAUCGGAGCUGUGAGCGUGGAGGAGAUCAAGAGCCAUCCUUUCUUUGAGUCAGUGGACUGGGAACACAUCAGGGAGCGACCAGCAGCCAUUUCUAUCGAAAUCAAAAGCAUUGAUGACACUUCAAACUUUGACGAGUUCCCCGAGUCGGACAUCCUUCAGCCAGCCAAUGCGACAGAGCCUGACUUCAAAUCAAAGGACUGGGUGUUCCUGAACUACACGUACAAACGCUUUGAGGGCCUGACACAGCGAGGCACCAUCCCCACGUACAUGAAGGCAGGGAAGGCCUGACACGCUCAAGGAAAGCAACACAGAGACGUUUUACGGACACAGGGUCGGGCCGCCACGCCCCCGCUGGCGCUGUAGGCUGCGCUGUAGGCCUCUGAGCCUAAACGUACCCCUCAUCACAAGUUAUUUAGGUCUGCUCUGCCGGCAAGAAAACGCCGGCAGGAAGAGUUCAGAAAUGACGGAGCGUUGCCGCAUUACCUCGGUUGUUUGUUUCACGUGUGCCGUCUCUAGCCACAUUUCCCGGGCCAGCUCUCAAUCUAGGACACUAGACGACCAUAUCUGCAUGUUUAGCUUAAAGGUAACAGCAGGAAUGGGCUUGAACACAAAUCCCUGCUUUUGUGUCCUGACGUUGACCAUUUAUACACUGGUGGUUACAUUAACACAGCUCUUAAAGGCUCUCUACGCUGUCAUGAAAAUCUGGAUGACUGAAAAAAACGGGACGCUCUCACUUACUGUCGCUUACAUGCUGCUAUGCUGUUAGGAGGACUCCAGCAUGAUUUCCAGUGAGUCUUAUAUUCCCAACUGCUGAUUUAAAUGGGAAACAUUUAUCUCCUCUAUAUUUGUAGAAGCUUCUCAUUUGGGUUUAGGACAAAAUUAACCUAAAUAAGUGCAGCCACUGAUACAGAAAGGAAAGUAAAACCCAACUCAGUGUCUCACAGGGAUAUCUUGUAGGUACCUAGUGUUCUUCCCAACAAGUGGGUUCAAACGCUGAUGACCCCAUGGGUGAAAUGAUGUCAAAGAUCUAUGAAAAUCAUCCAGAACAAGAACUUGUAUUCAUCUCAACACGCACUAAACCUGGAGGCCUUGUUAGUCAUCUAUAGCAGCCUCUGGCUGUAAGGUAGUAACGGCAGCAGGAGCUGUGCUGUGAAGCCUUACCUUUUUUUGUCCUGUCUUUGACAUUAACAGCUUAAUAUUAUUUUGCCAUGUGAGCUUCAUAGCUAGUUAAAAGUUGACUUCAGGUGCAAGUUGGGCUGAAAGCCGUUUAUGUUGUUAAUUUUAUGUAGUUAAAAAAGUGUGGCGGGGCUUCACAGUGUCGCAGUGGGUAGCACUGCUGCCUAGCAGUGGUUUGACUCCACCCUGGGUCUGUCUGCAUGGAGUCUGCAUGUUCUCCCUGUGCAUGUGUGGGUUCUCUCUGGGUACUCCGGCUUCCUCCCACAGUCCAAAAACAUGACUGUUAG